AUUUGACUGCCAGCCAUCACUCGGCUUGGCUUCCAUAGUUCCGUGGGAUCUCUUCCCUCGCCGUGGCAGGUAUAUUCUCCGCCGUUGAAUCGCUCCCGGAGUGCGUCUCCGGCGUUCAGAUCCUACAAUGAAGCAGCUUCAUAAACAACCCAGCCUCAACCAGAAUGCCCAGAUCCCGACCUACGCCGUCAAGCCCGGCAAGCCGCCGGCACGCUCCGCCGCUUCCUCGCCUUCCUUCCUCCGGGCUGCCUUCGGUUACCUCCUCCGCGAGCAGCGCCUUCUCUUCGUCCUCGCCGGCGCUAUCAUUGCCUCCACCUUUUUCCUUCUCCACCCCUAUUACAACUCCUCUCUCUCCCACUCCCACCCCGACGAUCACCUCAACCAACGCAUCCUUGAUAAUUUCCAGCACACCUCCUCCUACGACAGUGGCCGCAGCGGCGCCGUUGCCGUCAGUAGCGGUGGGAGGAGAGUGCCGGUGGGGUUGAAGAAGCCGUCGAAGCGGAUCGUAGUCACCGGAGGUGCCGGAUUCGUCGGAAGCCAUCUGGUGGACAAGAUUCUGGCGAGGGGGGAUAGCGUCAUCGUGAUCGAUAAUUUCUUCACCGGGAGGAAAGAAAACGUGGCGCAUCACUUCGGGAACCCGAGGUUUGAGCUGAUCCGCCAUGACGUCGUCGAGCCGAUCUUGCUGGAGGUCGACGAGAUCUACCAUCUCGCUUGCCCGGCGUCGCCUGUGCACUACAAAUAUAACCCUAUCAAGACCAUCAAGACAAAUGUGAUGGGGACAUUAAACAUGUUGGGUUUAGCAAAGAGAAUUGGAGCUCGUUUUUUGCUGACAAGUACUAGUGAGGUAUAUGGCGACCCACUUGAGCACCCACAAAAAGAGACAUACUGGGGCCAUGUCAAUCCCAUAGGUGUUAGGAGUUGCUAUGAUGAAGGAAAGAGGACGGCAGAAACUUUGACCAUGGAUUACCAUCGUGGUGCUGGACUUGAGGUUCGUAUUGCACGUAUAUUCAAUACGUAUGGGCCUCGGAUGUGCCUUGAUGAUGGCAGGGUGGUCAGCAACUUUGUUGCUCAGGCUCUUCGAAAGGAACCUAUGACUGUCUAUGGUGAUGGAAAGCAAACUCGGAGUUUCCAAUUUGUUUCAGAUUUGGUUGAUGGAUUAGUAGUGUUAAUGGAAGGUGAGCACAUUGGACCUUUCAACUUGGGUAAUCCUGGGGAGUUCACCAUGCUCGAGCUAGCUGAGGUUGUAAAAGAGGUUGUUGAUUCUUCGGCAGCCAUAGAAUUCCGGCCUAAUACUGCUGACGAUCCACAUAUGAGAAAACCUGACAUAUCAAAAGCAAAAGAGCUGCUGAACUGGGAGCCCAAGAUUACCUUACGACAAGGACUGCCCCUAAUGGUGACCGACUUCCAAAAGCGGAUUCUGAGCCCUGAGAAUUAAUCCAUGAUUAAGAAAAUGAUGUCUACAUCCUAUUCCAUGCUAUUCUUUUGUUAACUGAUAUAUGAUCACUGUAGCUUCUAAAAUUCUUGAAGUAGCCAGUUACCCUACUAAUAGAUUCUAAGUUAGUCACUGUUUAUGCCAUGUGAGAUAUGGUUUGGAGACAAUCGCAGGCAUGUCGAAUGGUUUGGUGCCUCCUCUCACAAUAUUAUUGAACUGGAAAAUAGAAGCUGGUAAGUUUACACAAUUGGGAAUGUCAUAAGAAUAUGAAUGAGAAGCCAAUGUAGUCAUGCAACUAGUGACCUGAAACUUGUGAUUGUACCAGAACAAUGAAUGUUUUCGGCUCAUAUAAUACUUCCCUUUUGUUGGCAAUGGAUAUUGUAAUGAAAAUUCUUCCCAGGGUUUAUCCUGGCCAUCA